AUGGUGGACAACCGCUACGCCACGGCCCUGGUAAUCGCCUGCGUGCUGAGCGCCCUGGCCACCGUGUACGUGUCGGUGGCCGUCGGCACGCAGCACUGGUACCAGUACAGCAGCCCCAGCGUGCACGGAGAGGCCAACGUGUCCGAGCUGUCCUCCCUGUACGAGGAGUUCCUGGACGGGGAGUUCGACGAGAAGACGUACAGCGACACCUUGUUCCGGCUGAACGGAACCGUGGGCCUGUGGUGGCGCUGCGUGCUCGUGCCCGCCAACAAGCUGUGGCACAAGGAGCCAGAUGCCAAAAUGGUGCUGGAGUGUCGAAGCUUCACUCUGUCUCAGCAGUUCACUCCCAAGUACAAAGAACCAGGAAAUCACAACAGUGGAGAGGACAUGCUGCGCACCUACCUGUGGAGGUGCCAGUUUCUGUUGCCACUGGUAUCACUGGGCUUAGUGGUGUUAGCAGCCCUGAUUGGAUUCUUUGCCUGCCUCUGCCGGAGCCUCACCCCAACCCUCGGCAUCGGAGUGCUUCACCUGCUGGCUGGUCUGUGCACCUUAGCCACAGUGUGCUGCUACCUGGCAGGGAUGGACCUGCUCCACAGGGUGUCUAUGCUCCCCGACAAGGUGGAUGGCUCACUGGGCUGGUCCCUCUACCUGGCUCUCAUCUCCUCGCCGCUCCACAUGAUGGCCGCCGCGCUGCUGGUGUGGGCGGCACGCAGCCACAGUCAGAAUUACUACCGCAUGACAGCAUACCGCGUUGCAUAG